GGGUGAGCCGGGUGUACGUACAGCCGGGGACCACUGUCUCCAUCGAGUUCGCCUCCAAAGGAGUGUCUCCUUACAAGGCCGUGCGGCUUUUCCAGGAGGAGACAGGAGACACUUCGGAGACAGCAGCAGCAGCAGCAGCAGCAGCAGCAGCGGGGGGGGCGGUGUGUGGGGCCCCACAGCUGCAGCUGGCGCGCGGGGUGUACGUACCGAGCGACGACUGGGGUGUCCCCACGGAGACCCCCGAAACCCUCGUCGAAGAGGGCCUCGCGCAAACCCUAAUUUGGAGACACUUUCAAAUCGGAGACACUUCGCGAGGGUCUCUUUUGAUUUGCAUUUGCGACUUCGAGUUCGUCGCCAACGGAGACUUCGCCGCCGACGGCACUUGCACGCAGCCCCAGCACUUCAACAUCCACGCAGGCAGACUCACCGUCAAAGGGCCCAUUCCUUCGGAACUGAAGGUGCUGCCAACCUACGAAACAGGGAGUCCCUUCUCGCUGUCCCUCGCAGGUGUGGGGUUUGGAAAAGGAGACAGAAUAGACAUCUUGAGGGGAGGAGACAGAAGCAAGUGUCUCCUUCGGCACUUGGGCCAAACCCUGAGGGUCCUGGAGGGACACCUGGGGGCCCGGGGGGGCCCCGGGGGGGCCCCCCGGGGGGCCCCCAGGGGCAUCGCGGGGGCCUGGCUGCGCGAGGCCUUCACCCUCGAAAAAAGUGUCUCCUUUGUCUCCUUUUCAGUUGGCCACAGCGACUAUCUCGUGGGCCAAACGGAGACAGUCUCCUUGGGGACUUUGGAGGAGUUUGUGGUUUGCUGGACGGGCGAGGGCACUGAGGGGCUCGCCGUGGGCUUCGCCACCAAGUUCAAAACCAAGGGGUUUGACCUAUCGAAGCGGGUGGUGGUUCCGUACGCUGUCUCCUCCUCGGGGGCGAACGAGACGCAGUUCUCUUUGUUCGUGCUGCACGGAGGGUCUCCUUUGGAUUUGGAGACUGUCUCCUUUUCGCUGAAGGAGACAGCAGCAAAAGGAGACACCGAGGAGACACUUUGCCGCGGAGACACUUUGGCUGCUGCUGCUGCUGUCUCCAGCUUCCAGCAGCAGGCGGACCGCCAGGUCAUUCGCGCCAGCGGUUUGCUGCUACAGCCGGGCCCCUCGCGGGCCCUCAGCAGCGGCUCGCAGCUGGACGUUUGUUUGGAGACAAAAGGAGACACCAAAGGAGACACUUUGGUCUUCCUGGGAAGAGCAACUGUUGCGGACGCGCUGGGGUACCACUGGCUGCAAGGAGACAGAAGUUGGUCUUUGUUGGACUUGGAAGAAGUUUUUGUUUCUGGACUUUUUGCAAAAACAAUAACUCUGGAGUUGUACAAAGACGAGGUGCGGCUGUUCGUGUGGACAGCAGCAGAUGUGUCUCCUUUCAAGUUGGGGACAGUUCGGAGACAGGGCUGGGCAGCAGCAGCAGCAGACGUCACGUUCGAGCGGUGUCUUCUUUACGUGGCGGAGACCGGAGACACUUCUGCUGCUGCUGCUGCUGCUGCUGCUGUCUCCAAGUUCGAGUUCGGGGACGUGGGCGCGCUGGCUGCUGCUGCGCCGACUGUCUCCUUUUCCGGCCCGCUGCAGAGCCCCUGCUGCCUGGUGCUGCUGUACGGAGACGCGCAGCAGCAGCAGCAGCCCUCGCUGCUGCUGCUGGACCGGACCACUGGUCACCUCCUCUGGCUCGACCAAGACCUCCAGCUCCUCAACUCUGCAAACCACUGGAAGGGACUCUCCCGUCCCCUGCAGUCUCCCCAGAGUUUGGCUUGCGUGCUGCGCGAGCGGCGCGCCGCCGCCGCUGCUGCUGCUGCUGCUGCUGCUGCUGCUGCUGCUGCUGCUGCUGCUGCUGCUGCUGCUGCUGACCCCGCCGACGCAGCAGCAGCGGGAGAGGCGGAGUCGGGGGAGCAGCCGUGGGGACUCUACGACUGCUACAUUGCAGACCGAGACGCAGACAGAGUUGUGCACCUCGAAGUCGAUGCUGCAAAAGGAGACACCAAGUUUGUCUGCGAAAUUGUCUCCGCGGGCCCCGAGCAAACGCGCCUGCACAAGCCCCGCGACCUCGCGGCCUUCAGCUACAACGGAGAAACCCUCCUUUUCCUCGUCCAGGAGGGCCACCUGGGGGUGGACCUGCUGGUGCCGGGGUCCGUCUCCUCGUCGUGGUUUUCGCUGUCUCCUUCGGGAGUCUCCGGGGAGACCCUGGGGCCCGUGCUGCUGCCGUUCGUGGUGGAGACGGGGGAGACAGUCUCCUCGCUGGCGUCGGCGCGGCUGGCGGCCUUCCGCUGCAGUUUGGAGACAGUUGCUGCGCAAAGUGUCUCCUUGCAGCAAACCGCCGUGGCCCCCGCCUUCACCUACGCCCAGAGCGACUUCUACAGCGUCGGAGACAGCCGCAGGCUGGAGCCGGUGGUGGCGGGAGGGACUGUCUCCUUAUCGGCCUUCAGGUCUUUCGUUUUGAACCCCAACUCCGCGAACUUUUCCUUCAUCAACUCCAUUGCUGCUGUGGACCCCCACAAGGGGACUCUCGUGCUGCAGCUGUCUCCUUCCGAGGAGCCCGAGCUCGAGGUCCAGGUCCAGGGACAGGGCCUCGUCAACUUCGUCUCCGCAACUGUCUCCUUCCGCCUUGCAUGCAAAAACGGCCACUUCUUGAGCCGCGGAAUGUGUCCCAAGUGUCCCCUCGGCACUUUCAACUCCGUCAGUCUCGUCAAGCACGCUUUCGAAGCCAACGUCCGCGCAUGCACGCAGUGUACGUACACCACGAGCACUGUCUCCGAGGGCUCCUCCAGCCCCGACCAGUGUCUCUGCAAAAAGGGACACUACCCCAACCCCGACCCAACCGCCGACGUCCCCUGUCUCCCCUGUCCCCCAGGGACGUGGAAAGACACGGUGGCGAAUUCGGGGUGUAUGGGCAACGGGUGUCCGGCCAACUCCAGCAGCAACGUCUCCGGAGCUGUCUCCGCAGCAGACAGGAGAUGUGCUUG